UUUUACUCUCCAUCCAUCCUCCACUUCUCCAUUCCUACCAAACAGAGCUUUAGUUUUUCUUCUUUUUUUCGUCUCCAACUAAACAAAUAUUAUUUUCUUCCUCUCUUAGUUUUUUCUUUCCUUUCACAUUUUUCUACUCUACCAAACAUAAACUGGAAGCUGAUGAUACCCUCCGACUCUGAGCUUUUGCCCUUUUGCCUUGUUUGUGUUUCAGAGAAAAAAAAUAAACGAAAAACUGUUCAACCAUGGCUUCUUCUUCUUCUCAUAGCCAUAUUGCCGAGGGUCACACAGAAAUUCCUCCUACCGCUCACCAUUUUUUCAAUACUAUUCUUGAACAAACUCCUGGGAACACCAAGUUACAAAUUCCAAAGGCAUUUUGGGUGAAAUAUUGUGACUCCUUAUCAAGUCAAGUAAAGCUUCCAUGUGGAUCAAGAGGGGAGAUAGGAUUGACGAAAAGUAGUGAUGGAAAGAAGCAUAAUGUUGAUGUUGAUUCUUCUAAUGAAAAUUCAGAACUGUCAUGGUUUUCUAAAACCAGAGACAAGCCUCCAUUACCUUGUUCUUGGCCCCACAAGAAAAGGAAAACUAGUCUCUAUGGUAAAUCUGAAGAAUCUUCUGUACCAAGGCGUAUAAAACCUCAAAAAAUUAUAAGAAAACAAAUAUUGAGAGGACAGGAUAAGGCUGAGGCUCUUAUGAGAGCUAAAGGUUUUAAGUCUAAUGACCCAUUUUUCGUUGUUCUCAUGCAACCAUCAUUUGUUGGAGCUUCGUAUAGUAUGGUUGUACCAUUUAGCUUUGCAAAAAAUCACCUCCUAAGUGUCAGUAAGCAUGAAGAUGUGAUCCUUAAGGUUCAGGAUGGGCGGAUUUGGCCUGUUAGGUACUAUUAUAGAAAGUAUGCAGGGCAUUCACAAUUCAGAUUCGAGUGGGGUUGGAAGGCCUUUGCUAGAGACAAUGAUUUGAAAGUAGGUGAUGUUUGUGUCUUUGUUAAGAGACAGAACAUUGGGAUAAUGUUAUUUGAAGUUGUUACUUUUUAUAAGAAUGGAGUACCAAAUUCCCCUGUGUUAGCAGCUGCAAAUAACACAACCCCUUGUGUGAAAGUUGAACCUUCUUUUACUAGCAAUAAUUAUGACAAUGCAAGUACGAUUUCACAUGACAUAAUUCCAAAGAAAGAAGUAAUUGAACCUUCAGUUAACAAGUCAGAUAAAGUAUGUGGAGAAUCUCCUCUGCCUGAAAAUUUUAUAAGAAAUCAGGAGUUGAGUAGAAAAGAAAAGGAUGAAGCUUUGAAGAUAGCAAAAGAUUUUAAAUCUGAGGACCCUUUUUUCAUUGUUCCCAUGCAACCAUCAUUUGUUGGAUCCAAAUCCAAGUAUUCUAUGAUUAUACCGUCUUUCUUUGCGAAAAAAUAUCUCUUAAGCAUCAGUAGUGGUCCUCAAGAUGUGAUUCUUAAGGUUCAGGAUGGAAGGACUUGGCCUGUUAAGUACACUUUCUAUUUCAGACCGCAUAAAAAAUCUUCGACAUUCAGGAUCGAGCGUGGUUGGAAGGCAUUCGUUCAAGACAACGACUUGAAAGUAGGUGAUGUUUGUGCCUUUGUUUUGUCAAAGAACAUUGGAAUAAUCUUAUUCGAAGUGAUUAUUUUUCAUAACAGUGGAGUAGCAAACUCCCCUAUGGCUAUGCUAUCAAUUCCAGCUGCAAAUAAGAGAAGUUCAACUACACCAUCCAAGCCAAAGAUAACCCCUUGUGCGAAAAUUGAACCAUCUUUUACUAGUGAUUAUGAUAAAGCCAGCAUGAUUUCAGAGGACCUAAUUGCAAAGAAUAUAAUAGCUGAACCUUCAGUUAACGAGUCUGAUAAAGUGUGUGGAGAAUCUCCUGUACCUAAAAAAUUUAUAAGAAAUCAGGAGUUGAGUAGAAAAGAAAAGGCUGAAGCUUUCCAAAGAGCUAAAGAUUUUAAAUCUGAAGACCCCUUUUUUAUUGUUCCCAUGCAACCAUCAUUUGUUGGAUCCAAAUCUAAGUAUUGUAUGGGUAUGCCAUCUCCCUUUGCAAAAAAGUACCUUUUCGGGAUCAGUAGUACUCCUCAAGAUGUGAUCCUUACGGUUAAGGAUGGGAGGACUUGGUCUGUGAAGUACUAUGUCAGACCGCGUGGAGUAUCUUCGAAAACCACAAUCGAGGGUGGUUGGAAGGCAUUUGUUCAAGACAAUGACUUGAAAGUAGGUGAUGUUUGUGCCUUUGUUUUGAGAAAGAGCAUUGGAGUAAUCUUAUUCGAAGUGUCUAUAUUACCAAUACCAGCUGCAAAUAAGAGAAGUUCAACUCCUUGUGUGGAAAUUGAACCUUCAUCUACUAGCAAUAAUUAUGAUAUAGCCAGUAUGAUUCCACAUGACAUAAUUGCAAAUAAAGAAGUAAUUGAACCUUCAGAAAAUUUUACAAAACUGGUAUCUAAAGAAAAUACUGGAAGUCAAGGCACUAAUUAUAAGAGGCCUUCAUCUUCAGGACUUAGCAUAGCUUCUGAAGCAGCCAGCAAAUUCUUCUCGAACAAUCCUUACUUCCAAGUGAAUUUGAGAUCAACCCAUGUGCGUGGACAUGGACAAAAACUGUAUAUUCCAAUGGCUAUUGCAAACCCUUGGUUUGAGAAAAAGUCACAAAUUGUCACCCUUUGGGUUGAUGAGGAACAUUGGCAUGUGAAUUUAACUAUUAAUAAGGCAUCAUCAUCUUCUGGAUUAGAGUAUAGAUUUUCUGCUGGAUGGGCUGCAUUUGCAAGAGACAACUCUCUUAACCCAAGUGAUGUAUGCAUCUUUGAGCUGAUCAAGAAGAAUAAACCUGAGGUUAAAGUUACCAUAUUUAGACAAAGUGAAAGUGGUAUGGCUCAAGAAUAAGCUGUUGUAAAUUUGUAAUUAUAAAUGCAAGUUAUAAGACCCAAAAUUUCUACUUAUUUAAUUAGUUUAGCUACAGCUUAGCUGAAGGGUUGUUUUUAGGGUAGGUAGCUUAACUUACUGACCCUUAAUUAAUAUCAGGACUUAAUUUAUCUGUC